AUGCCUACAAUACUUUCACCACCUAUCACAUAUCUCUUUAAUUUUUGUUUAAAUAGUGGCUCAUUUCCAUCAUCUUGGAAAUCCACAUAUAUUAAUCCAAUUCUCAAAAAAGGUAACAAAUCAUUUAUCUCAAACUACCGUCCCAUAUCAAUAAUUUCUAUUUUCCCAAAAAUACUUUCCAAGAUAAUAAAUGAUAAGCUUACGCCCAUAUUUAAAAAUAUUUUAGCACCACAACAACAUGGAUUUCGCAAUAAUAAAUCAUGUCUUACUAAUUUAAUAACUAUUAAACAUCAUAUAAUACAAUCAUUUUCUAAUAAUCAACAAACAGAUGUUGUUUAUACUGAUUUUGAAAAAGCCUUUGAUAGAGUAAACCACGUUCUAUUAAUCAAUAAACUACAGGAAAUCGGCUUUGCCAAUCCCCUACUAUCAUGGUUUAACUCUUUCCUAAGUCAAAGAAUCCAAUUUGUCAAAUAUAAAAGUUUUAUAUCAACACCUAUAAACGUAAUUUCUGGAGUACCUCAAGGCGAUCACCUUUCCCCUCUCCUAUUUAAUUUAUUUAUAAAUGAUGCUGUAUCCUCCAUUACAUACUCCAACAUUUUAUUAUUUGCCGACGAUGCAAAAAUUUACAAAUCAAUUACUUCCCCCGAUAAUAUUAAUCUUCUUCAAAGUGAUUUAGCUUCAUUUAACGAAUGGUGCAUUUCAAAUAGCCUUUCAUUAAAUAUUGACAAAUGCCAAAUUGUUACUUACUCCAAAAAGCACAAUCCCUUGCAUUUUAAUUACCAUAUAUGUGACAUUGCCUUACAUCGUUCGUCAUUGUUUAAAGAUUUAGGAAUUUUAUUUGAUUCCAAGCUAUUAUUCAAUGCUCAUGUAUCAGCGAUUAAAAAUAAAGCUUUAGCUGUAUUUGGUAUGAUAAAAAGAAACUGUUCCGAUUUUCAUGAUCCACUUACUUUCAAGUGCCUAUAUACCUCACUAGUCCGUUCUUUAUUAGAAUACGCUCCAUUAAUUUGGGACCACAACAAUGUAAGACAUAAUGAUCAACUUGAAAAAGUUCAAAAUAAAGCUCUCAGAUUUAUAGGUCAUAAAUGUAAUAUUCAAAGAACUCCUCACUCUGGUUACGAAAAUAUUUUAAAAUUGUUAAACUUAGAACCUUUAAAUGUACGUAGACACUUAUCAUACAACACCUAUCUCACCAAAUUGCUAAAUAACAAGAUUGAUGAUUCAUUUUUAUUAAGUAAAUUAAAUUUCAAAGUCAAAAACCACUACACUCGCAACAAUCAUUUAUUUUAUAUUCCUCGUUCAUCUAAAAAGUAUACGUCAUACGACUCCAUAAAUAUUUUAAUGUCUUCGGGAAAUAGUAAAUUAUUUUAA